CCUCCGCCCCUAGAAAGCCGGGCCGCCGCUGCGGAAAGCUGUCCCCGGGGAGGAGGAGGAGGAAGAGGGGCAGGGUAGAGGGAGGGGAGACGAGACAGGAGGGGGAAGAGGAGCACCGAGACGGCCCCCGCGUGAUUGAUGGGCGGCUCCUCCGCCCUGGACCGGCCCGCCUGCCCCGCCCCUCGGCCCCUUCAGCCCUCGCAGGUGGGGAAGGACUGACCCGCCAGCACAAGUUUGGCCCAAUCUAUUGUCACCAGAGACUUAAAAGAGAAGUGUGCAUGACCAUGAGUGGAUUUUAAAUUGAGAAGCAGUUCAAAGCACACCUGCUGCCUUCGACUUCGGUUGUCCCCCAAAUGCCAGUGGUGCCCAGACCUUCACUUCUCCAGCCAGCUCCGGAGCCCCGCGUCUGACGGCUUGCUUGACAUCUCCAUGUUGUUUAUCUGCCCCUCCUCCAGAAUCGUCUGAGGGGACCUUCUCCCUGACCAGCUAGCUGCUGGAGCCGGUUGGGGAUUAAGGAUCAUGUUGCAUGAAGCAAGGGACAGGCAGAAGUUCGUGAGUGAUGUUCAGUAUCUGCGGGACAUGCAGCACAAAGCGGACUCUGAAUAUCAGGCUUGUCUGAGACGACAGGAAUACAGAAGAGACCCAAAUGAGAAGAAACAAGAUCAAUUUGGGGGGCAAGAGACAAAUUUGGAGAGACCCCGGUUUUCAACUGGGUCAUCUUCCAAACAGAGUUCUGGUGAAGAGGAUUCUGUAGCCGAACCAAGACUUUCCACCAAGAGUUCUGCGGUCAAAGGUGAUUCCAGACUUCCGGCAAUUGACCAAACAUCAGUCAAACAGAAACAUAAAAGUACCAUGACUCCACGGAAACCGGAGAAGGUGGGCCCCAGCAAACCCUCUUCAGCAGCCCAGGCACCACAAAUUUUAUCAAGGAAGAGGAGGCCAAACCUGGGGAGACUGACAGUCAGCCCAGAAACGCAGAGCCCAAGAGUGCCAGGGGACAGGAACAGACAGAAAUCGCAGCUGCCAGUGAAGUCGCCAGCCCUCAGGGGACCAGAUCCAAUAGUUCAACAAGAGGGCCCAGUGUGGGCCAGUGGCACCAAGCUGAAGAGGCCAACUCAAGAGAGAAGACACUUAGUCCCAUCUUCACAGCUAAUGACUAUGACUGAGAAUACCUCUGAGAGAGCCAAAAAAGGAGACUCAAGUGUUCUUUCUCAGAAUGAGCCACAUUCGGGCCUAUCUCAGGCCUUCCUAGGAACAAACAGCCCUCAAGUGUCGAGUGAGUCCUUGGGGCCACCACUCCUAACCACCACCAUGGGAGGGUCAAGAAGGGCACCAUUUAGAUUCAGAGAUGAAGAUUUUUAUUCCAUUUUAUCAUUAAACCCUGGAGGAGAAAAUGAUGACACUGAGGAGGAGACCCUCAUAGAGGAAGAACUUUUGUUGGUUGGUAUGCACCGGCCUCGUUCUCCUCCCAGUCAUAAGAGAAGUCGAUUUCUUGGGACGUCGGCCACUCAGGCCAAAAGUAAAAAUUUUGAAGAAAGUCCUGAAAAUUGCAGAGCAAAUUCGGUAAGAAGAACUGAGUCCAGUCGUGGCUCAUUAAGAAUGAGCAAUGCAAUGGAACCAGUGACAGAGCAGCUUCCUGUGGGGGCAAGGGUGUCUCAAGACCUCAAGCAACCUGGUGGAGGGUCUCCUAACGAGAAUGACAGUGGUGACAGUGAACAUGAGAAAAGCACCUUUCCUUCAUGGGACACCAAAUCCACAGCUAGUCUAGAUGAUGACCUCAGUGCUGAAAAUGGAUUUAGAGACUGUACCUCCACGGAAGACAGGCCUGGUAUCCGUGAUUAUGAAAGAGAUUGGCAUGCCUACUUAAGCAGUUCUAGUAAUUCUCUUGACUGUUUUCUUUCUGGUAGACCAACAGCUCCAAGAUCACCAGUGAGUUUAUCUUAUAACACUCCUGGAUCAUUAAUGCAUUCUGCCAUGAGAGAUGAUAUUCCAGUAGACUUGUCGAUGUCGUCUACAUUUAUUCACAGUUCAGACUCAGAGGGAAACUCAAGGUUGAAUGUUCGCCGACCAUUGUCCCCUAUUAGAAAUAGGAAUCCACUCGCCAGUGCUGAGAACCACAGUUAUUUUCCAGUAAAUAGUGCACAUGAAUUUGAUGUCAGGGGAGCAGAAGAUAUUCCUUUAACGAACCCAUCCCAGGGGGCUCUAGAAUAUACGGAAGAGCUCUUACUAAAUCCUCAAAGCAACUUGUCCUUGGGGGAGUCUUCUAGCUCCUCACCAUCAAGAAUGAACUUACAAGGCCAUUUGCACGUGCCUGGGUCCCUGCAAGAAAAUAUGCCUUUUACUUUCUUCGCGGUCUCUAAUUUCCCAAAUCAAAGUGAUAACGGGAACAGAAUGGCAGCCUCUGCUUUCACAGGUGAAAAGGAAGCCAAUAAGAUAAAGGCAGACUCUGAGAAACUCAAGAAACUGCAAGAAAGUCUCCUGGAGGAGGACUCAGAGGAGGAGGGAGACUUGUGUCGCAUCUGUCAGAUAGCCGGGGGUUCCCCAACCAACCCCCUCCUGGAGCCUUGCGGCUGUGUGGGAAGCCUGCGGUUUGUUCAUCAGGAGUGCCUGAAAAAGUGGCUGAAAGUGAAAAUAACAUCAGGAGUGGAUCUAGGUGCCGCGAAGACCUGCGAAAUGUGUAAGCAAGGCCUGCUGGUCGAUCUGGAUGAUUUUAACGUGACCGACUUCUACCACAAACACCAGCAAUCCCGGGCACAAAAUGAGCUGAUGAACUCAGGCUUGUACCUGGCGCUCCUGCUUCACCUCUAUGAGCAGAGGUUUGCAGAACUCAUGAGACGCAACUACAACCGAGUCAUCAGAGAGAGGAUUCCGAGCUGGGGGAUGGAAACGAAAGCAACGGCCACAUUGUCUAGCAAGGGAGCUGGCCCUGGAGCUCUCCAAGGACAUCGCCCCACAGCCACUUCUUCUACAUCCCCGUAUGCCUCCUUUCCUCCCCCUCCUCCUCUUUACUGAAACGGAAACCAAAGUGUUUACAUUACCGUUUUCCCCUUGUGCCCCUCUCUUCUCGGGGUCUGGCCCGAGCAAUACAGACGGCAGCAGCGACCGGCGCAGCCCCAGUGCGGUCCCAGACGGCGCAAGCCAAGCAGCCCGGGGCUUGUUGGGACCCUGCAGGUGGCCCUGCUGCUGGCUCAGCCAGAAGCCCAGGUGACCCAGCAGCCCUGCCAGCCCAGCAGCCCGGGGGGCCCUCUGCUGAGGGCACCUGGUCAGGCCUUACUCCAUGCUGAGUGGAAUCGAGCCACAUCCUCAGUAAACAGGCUUAAUUCACCCAGCUUC